GAUGAACUCAGGGAGGUAAGCAUUCACUAAUGUUAGUUAACGACUGCCUUGAAUCGCCGGCUUGAAUAUCUAUUCCUCUCCCAAAGUGAUUGAAUCUAAACCCAAACUCUUGGAUAUCACUGCGAUUGUGGUUUCUCCAACCCCUCGCACGAACGUCGAAAGAGCCAACAUCCAACCAUCGCCUCAACCGCCAUCGCCGCCUCCACCAACGCCAUUGUCGUUCAGUCAUCGUCUUGAUUCGCCUUCCUAUCACCACAUCCUCACUAAGUUCUAAGCCACACAACACUCACCUACCACCAACCUUCAAUUGUAUUCUACCCUCCAACCAUCCUUUCUCCCGAGACGAAGAAAAGGGGGGAAAAGAAAAAGAGAAAAAAAUAAGAAAAAAAUGGCCCCGCAGAACCCCCACUCUCUCUCCUCCCUCCCCGGCCCGCCCCCGCCGGAGGUACCCAACACGCGCCUCUCCCUGCCCUCGCCGCACGUGCUGCUGGUGACGCUCGACCGCCCGGCCGCGCUCAACGCGAUCCCGGCCGCCCAGCACCCGGCCAUGGCGGCGCUGUGGGCGUGGUACGACGCGCAGCCGCAGCUGCGGUGCGCCGUGCUGACGGGCAGCGACGGGGACGAGCGGGACGGGGGAGGCAGCCGCCGCCGGCGGAGCGCGUUCUGCGCCGGGGCGGAUCUGCGGGAGUGGGAUGCUGCGCACCGGGCUGCUGAGCGGCCGGGCGAGGUUGGAAAGGAGGAGGAGGAGGCGGCGGCGGCGCGGUACCGUGCGCGGUGGGCGGGCGAGGGGUUCGGCGGGCUGUCGAACCGCGCCGGCAAGAAGCCCGUCAUCGCGGCCGUCAACGGGCUGUGCUACGGCGGCGGCAUGGAGAUGGUGGUCAACUGCGACCUGGUGGUGGCCGACGGCGUGCGCGCGCGGUUCGGCCUGCCGGAGGUGGCCAGGGGCGUGGUCGCCGUCGCCGGGGCGCUGCCGCGGCUGGUGCGCACGGUCGGGCGGCAGCGCGCCGCGGAGAUGGCGCUGCUGGGCCGCAUCGGGUACACGGCGGAGCAGAUGCGCGAGUGGGGGGUGGUCAACUUCGUGGUGGGCGAGGGGCUGGCGGUGGCCGAGGCGAUUAGGCUGGCGGAGGAGAUCGCCGGGAACUCGCCUGAUGCGGUCAUUGCGUCGAGGGAGGGGCUGAGGUUGGGCUGGGAGGGCAUCGGGCCGCAGAUGGGGACGGAACUGCUGGAGCGGGGCAUGUACGGGCGGAUCAACGGCGGAGAGAACAUGAAGGAGGGCGUGCGGAGCUUCGUGGAGAAGAGGAAGCCGGUGUGGAAGGAUAGCAAGCUGUGAGGUCGCCGGAGACGAAGCAUGUCUUACACUUCCCGCGCUUGACAAACGUCGCGCUCUCCAUUCUAAGGAACUCAACAUCGAUCAGUACCUAGUCAAUCAAUCAAAUCCCCCUUUGACUUUCCGUCCACGGGGUAUGUCGAUG